AUGAUAAUCUAAAACUGGAGUUUUCUAAAAAACAGCAAAAAUCUGAGCUAAGAUAAUUAAUAAUAUUCAAAUAAUUUAAUAUCCUCGCGAAACGGAAAAUAUAAAAUUAUUAUUAUUGAACAGAAUCCGAGCCAACUCGAAAGCUCUCAUGAAAGCACUAUAAUAUUUGAAUAAGAAUUCAAUAAGCAUGAAAUGGCACAAAAUAUGAUUUUCGAUAAUAUUAUUGCUCCAAAUAAGUUUAUGCAAUACAAUCUUAAUAUCUAGAAAAAAUUAGAAUGA